AUGCUACUGUUGGACCAAUUGAAGCCCAAGACAAGCUGCAAGUGGCGAAUGCCCUCCAGAGGAGGCAGGGGACCUGAUGUGUUUGGCAGGGAUAACAGCGAAGUCCGCACAGGAUCGCCUCUGCCAAACAGCUGGAAGCCGAUGCACUUUGAUCGUUGCUGCGAUGGACUGGGACCUUGGGGGAUGCGGCUUACAUUCACGUCUGGAUUCCGUGUGUCCACACUGGGCCUCGAGCGGCUCGACAACAAUAAAGCAAGGCCUGGGUUGCCUGCUGCUUUGCCAAGAAAGGUCACUGCGGUGCAUCUUGACACCUGGCUGUGGCAUGCCCUUGGUGGGUCGAUGUGGCAGUUACGCAUGCUGUCUGAACAGCAGUGCCCAAUGCUGCUGUUGGGCACGGCCGCAACACAAUUGUAA